GCAGGAACUUAGAAGUCGAAUCAAAGAGUUGGAGAAGAGUAAGACAGAUACUGAUAUCGAUAAUGCUAGAUGUGAUGUUGAGAUUGCUGAGAUUAAGGCUGAAGUAGUAAAACUAGUCGAAGGCGCAGUGGUAAAGGAUUAUAAUGAAGAGAACAAAGAGCUAAUUUCUCUUGAGGAGGAAACCUCUCCUACCCCUAUUGUUCGAAAAAUACCAUACAAUCAGAAAGUUGAGCAAGGUAUAAUUCAGGAAGAAGGUCAAGAUUUGGCUCAAUUAUUUUCUGAUGCUAAAGUUGCGGAAGGUAGAACGUUAGAAGCUAAACGAAAAGAACUUGUAACCGAAAAAACUGCAAAGUCUCAAGUUUACGCCAUGAUUAAGGCUUCUCUAUCCAAUGUUUCAGAUUCAAAUCUAUAUAAGAAGACUGAAAGAGCUGGAAGUUUUUAUAAGCUAUUUGGGAAGAUUAUCGAUCCUGCAACAAAAAAAGAAGUUAUGGGAAUCGGUAUUAAUAAAGUUUAUGGAAUUUCGUAUGGAGUAAGAGGUAUAUCAGAAUUAAAAAAUUCAUUCUUAUCAGCCGAUUUGGAUGAUUAUAUAAAUAUACUCCUGGGAAGUUUUGACGAUAAGACUGCUAAUUGGGACACAGCAUAUGAGAACUCAGCUAGGGUAGAGAAAGAAGAGGUGAAUGAAGUUAAGGGUCCCCUAGGGUCCA